AUACACCACAUGCCGCUGAAAUUACACAACGUGGAUACGCGCAUGUCAUGUGACAAAGUUGGUCCUAUGCGACAAGUUGUGCUUAGAAGUGCCCGUCGGCACUGCCCAAUGGAUGCAAACUGUAUGCCCUUCAACGUUGCAACUAUAUUUCCCUGUCCCACACACUCAGAACGGAAUUGGUGCAGCAAUAAUAUCUCAGCACUGACAACGGGACAUGCAGUACCGCACAGACGUGUGACAAAACUCUGGACUGAGAGUCCUGCUCUCCUUGCAGCAGCUCAUGUACUUGUAGUCUCAAAAUUGUUGUUUUGGUGCAGUGAGAGCAUGUUCCAGUCAUUCCUGCUGUUUCUGUUCAUUCCCAGGUUCUUGAGAACCAUAUCUUGCCGCUUGAAGGCGUAUGCAUCUGCAUGUACUACAGUACAAUUCACUCUUUCUGCUGUUCAAUGUCUGCAUUGAUUAGGGUAGCAGACCGGUAGCCCCUUGCCUUCAUGUCCUUGCAAAUGACCCAAGAGAUUCCCUGCUGACCCACUCCCCAGAAUAAGAAGCCCCAUCCAUUGUACCUAACCCAUUGUAGUUCUUAGUAUGCCCCAGAAUGAACCGCAGGAACACCUGGUGCUGGGCCUGGCAUCCACUUGAAUUCAACAAAAAUGCACUGAAAGCGUGACAUACAGGAUGAAGCAGAAGGG